AUGUUUCCAUUUUUAGAGGACUCUACCCUCGUUCGUGGACGGAAUACAAAGUGCCCUCGUGCAAUCUCUCGGUCACAUUGCGACAAGUUAAUCCCGUCUUUCCGAACAACUACAAGGAAACUUCAUUCCCCACAACCGCGUUUAUUUUCGAUGUUGACAAUAGAAGUAUCAAUUGCUUUUGUGUUUCACAACGGAACGGGUAAAAGAAGAUCGGAUCUUGCUGCCGGUUGCACAGCGGAAAACUUUGAGGAAAAUGAUAUUGCGGGUGUCGCUUUGCAACACAAGAUCAAUAAGAUGAAUUGGACGUACGGGUUGGCAACACGAGUUAAAUCUGAUCAAAUUACUUCAUUGUGUCGUUCCUUUGACCCUUGUGGAAAUGGGUUGACGUUGUGGCAACAUCUUGCUGAGACUGGAAAUCUGCCUGGUGAAGCCGAUCUUCCGAGUCGUGCCACCAAAAAGCACUCGCUCGGAUUGGGCCGAAUUCUCGUUAGCUUGGGACAUGCCGAAGGUGAAAUUCGGCGAUGGAAGACGAGAAUACAAAAGGCGAUACACCCGAUUCUUCGAUUCAUUGGAGGGACUCGCGGCGAAAUUGUGCUCAACAACUCCUCUCGACUAUUCGCAAUGGGAGACGAAAAUCAACAAGUAGCAGGAACCGUUUUUGGGACAUUCAUAUUUGCCCGAAUGGUACAAAGCCGCGCUUUUCAACGAGCUCUACUACAUGACCGACGGUGGCUCAGUGUGGUUCGACUGAUCAAGUCGAACACAGCCCCAAGAAAGAGAUUCGCUUUCACAUGGAAGGAGGACAAAGCACCACUCAAAUCGAGAGCCCGCGUACCACAUGAUUUAGGAAAUCCAGCGCAAGAUCCCUGGUUGUUGACGAACGCCUAUGUGAUGCACGACACUGGAAAAUGGAAAGAUCUUAACUUGAAAUUCGUGCUCACUUCAUGGCGUGACUAUGUGAUUCUGAUGGAGAAGAAUCGCAAAUUUUUAGAUCAUGUCUACCCGGUUGUUAAGUUGCUGAUCAACGAUGCGCUUGAUUGUUGGGAUCAAGACCGUGAUGGAAUGAUCGAGAACUUCGGGAAAGCCGAGCAAACACAUGAUGCAUGGCAGAUGGAGGGCGCCAGUGCUUAUUGUGGAUCGCUUUGGUUGGGCGCUUUGAGGGUGGCGGAGGCGAGGGCUGAAGAAUGUGGCGAUAUUGAAAGCUCGAUUCGAUACCAUCAAACACUUGUCAAAGCUAAGCAGGUGUUUAUCGACAAGCUUUGGAACGGAGCCUAUUUCAACUUUUGCGAGCGCUCAAAGAGUCGUGAUUCGGUAAUGGCUGAUGAAUUGUGCGGGAUCGGGUUUUUACAAAGUUGCUCACCGGAAAUGGCUGCUGAGUUGGUUCCUACUAAGAAAGUGUCGAAAGCUUUGGCGACGAUCUACGAGUUGAACGUGUGCAAAUUUGGUGAUGGGAAGAUGGGCGCCGUGAGUGAAAUGAGACCCGAUGGAACUUUGGAUCGAGGGGAGAACUUCAACGGGGAUUCGACACAGCUUUUGGCAGUUAUGACUCGUGUUUUGAGUGCUUCGGGCUACAAUUUCAAACUCCCGAGGCUAUCUACGAGAAGAAAUUUCUAUUGCGCGAUCGGCUACAUGAGACCACUAUCGAUUUGGGCGAUGCAAUGGGCACUUGAGCGUUUCGACAAAUUUGGCAAAAUCGAUGAGCACUCGAGUAUUCAGGGACUUCAGCCAACAACGCCCGCGAUUCCCAGCCCGUGCCCAUCGGAGGGAUAUUGCAGCGAGGAGCGAGACGAAUCGAAUCAGGUACUUGUCGACUCCGGUCUUUCGACAUCGAGUGGGCCCGGC